CUAAUUGUGCGAAUUGAUGAUUUUCCAGGUAUUAGCUUUAUUUGAAGAGCACGAGGAUGCGUUCACGGCCUUCGUCGAGCCCUUCGUCAUUUUGCUCAUUCUUAUUGCCAACGCCGUGGUCGGUGUGUGGCAAGAACGCAAUGCCGAGUCUGCGAUCGAAGCGUUGAAAGAGUACGAGCCCGAGAUGGGCAAGGUUUUGCGAUCGGACAAAUCCGGUGUCCAGAGGAUUCGUGCCAAGGAGAUUGUACCCGGGGACAUAGUUGAGGUGUCCGUCGGUGAUAAAAUUCCGGCCGAUAUCCGUUUAACCAAGAUCUACUCGACCACCCUCAGGAUCGAUCAGUCUAUCCUGACUGGUGAAUCUGUCUCGGUGAUCAAGCAUACGGAUCCUGUGCCUGACCCACGUGCCGUCAAUCAGGAUAAAAAGAACAUCUUGUUCUCCGGUACUAACGUAGCUGCGGGUAAAGCUCGCGGUGUCGUUAUUGGAACUGGAUUAAACACCGCCAUUGGUAAAAUUCGUACCGAGAUGUCCGAGACCGAAGAAAUCAAAACGCCGUUGCAACAGAAAUUGGACGAAUUUGGCGAGCAAUUGUCGAAAGUUAUCUCUGUGAUCUGCGUCGCCGUCUGGGCUAUCAACAUUGGACACUUCAACGAUCCUGCUCACGGUGGAUCCUGGAUCAAAGGAGCCAUCUACUAUUUCAAGAUUGCCGUUGCUCUCGCUGUAGCCGCCAUCCCCGAAGGUUUGCCGGCUGUAAUUACCACUUGUUUGGCUUUGGGUACCCGCCGUAUGGCAAAGAAGAACGCCAUCGUGCGAUCCUUGCCAUCUGUUGAAACCCUGGGUUGUACUUCUGUCAUUUGCUCGGACAAGACUGGUACCUUGACUACAAAUCAGAUGUCUGUUAGCCGAAUGUUUAUCUUCGACAAAAUCGAGGGCAACGACAGCAGCUUCCACGAAUUCGAGAUCACCGGCUCGACUUAUGAACCAGUGGGUGAGGUCUUUUUGAGGGGCAAGAAGAUCCGUGGUCAAGAUUAUGAAACUCUUCAUGAGAUCGGUACCAUCUGUAUCAUGUGCAACGAUUCCGCCAUUGAUUUCAACGAAUUCAAACAAGCAUUUGAGAAGGUCGGCGAGGCAACGGAGACUGCUCUUAUCGUUCUUGCAGAAAAGAUCAAUCCGUACGGUGUUUCCAAGAGUGGAUUAGACAGGCGUAAUACAGCCAUCGUUGUCAGACAAGACAUAGAGACAAAAUGGAAGAAAGAAUUCACUUUGGAGUUCUCUCGAGAUCGUAAAUCUAUGUCUUCUUACUGUUCGCCUUUGAAACCAACUAAAUUGGGUACCGGGCCAAAACUGUUCGUUAAGGGCGCCCCAGAAGGUGUUUUGGACAGAUGCACGCAUGCUCGUGUAGGAUCUAACAAGGUUCCUCUUACAUCUACUUUGAAGAACCGUAUCUUGGAUUUGACUCGCCAAUACGGUACUGGCCGAGACACUUUGCGUUGUCUUGCUCUUGCCACUGCUGACCAUCCAAUGAAGCCUGACGAAAUGGAUCUUGGCGAUUCCAGCAAGUUCUACACGUAUGAGAAGGACCUCACCUUUAUUGGUGUUGUUGGCAUGCUUGAUCCACCUCGCAAGGAAGUAUUCGACUCCAUUGUCAGGUGUCGUGCAGCUGGUAUCCGUGUUAUUGUCAUUACCGGAGACAACAAGGCCACCGCUGAAGCUAUCUGCAGACGAAUCGGUGUGUUCGGUGAAGACGAAGACACGACUGGAAAGUCAUAUUCUGGACGCGAGUUCGAUGAUCUUCCUGCUUCGGAACAGAAAGCUGCUUGUGCUAGAGCUCGUCUGUUCUCUCGCGUGGAACCUGCUCACAAGUCCAAGAUUGUUGAGUACUUGCAGAGUAUGAAUGAAAUUUCGGCUAUGACUGGUGAUGGUGUAAAUGAUGCACCUGCCUUGAAAAAAGCUGAAAUCGGCAUUGCUAUGGGAUCUGGAACAGCUGUCGCAAAAUCUGCCUCCGAGAUGGUACUGGCUGACGACAACUUCUCUUCCAUUGUCGCCGCUGUUGAGGAAGGUCGUGCCAUUUAUAAUAACAUGAAACAGUUCAUUCGUUAUCUGAUUUCUUCCAAUAUUGGUGAAGUCGUGAGUAUAUUCUUGACUGCCGCCCUUGGUCUUCCUGAAGCUCUGAUCCCUGUACAACUUCUGUGGGUCAACUUGGUUACUGACGGUCUUCCAGCUACUGCUCUCGGUUUCAAUCCGCCUGACUUGGACAUCAUGAGCAAGCCUCCUCGUAAAGCUGAUGAAUCUCUCAUCUCUGGCUGGUUGUUCUUCCGCUACCUGGCUAUCGGCGGAUAUGUAGGUGCUGCGACUGUUGGAUCAGCUGCGUGGUGGUUCCUGUACAGUCCGCAUGGACCACAGAUGAACUAUUACCAACUGACACAUCACUUGGCUUGCAUGGGUGGUGGCGAGGAAUUCAAGGGCCUUAACUGCAAGAUCUUCACAGAUCCUCAUCCAAUGACGAUGGCUCUGUCGGUUCUCGUAACUAUUGAAAUGUUGAAUGCUAUGAACAGUUUAUCUGAGAAUCAGUCUCUCAUCACUAUGCCGCCCUGGUCUAACAUGUGGCUUAUUGCCUCUAUGGCUCUUUCUUUCACACUUCACUUUGUCAUCCUUUACGUCGAAGUUCUUUCGUCUGUAUUCCAAGUUACCCCUCUAACGGGCGAGGAGUGGGUUACCGUUAUGAAGUUCUCCAUUCCAGUGGUACUUCUCGACGAAACCCUUAAAUUCAUUGCCAGAAAGUUCACAGAUGUGGCACCGCCUGUGACGCCGCCGAAAUAAAGCUCGGGAACCGCGAUAGGACGAAAAUCGACACCAGUCCGGACACAGAGAAAAAAAUCGUCAGAAUGGCACUUGUAGACAACACCCACCCAAGCAACAACAACCCGCAAGCUGACCGAUGGGAUCGAGCCGAAAACAAUAAAUCUUAUCAGACACUAUCGACACGUUAUAUACUGACACACGCAUAUGUACACACACACAUAUACAUCGGUCAACACACGGUAAAGCUAUACAGUCGUACAGAGAGAAAGAACAGGCGAAAUGAGAGAACUACAGAAACGAGGGGGCGUGUUUUUCUCUUUCGUUUAAAAGAAAAGAAAAAAAAAAAAAAAAAUACAGCGAUCCGUAUUUUUGGUGAAAUGAGUAUGGCGAGUUUCGAUGAGGUUUCAACGUAAACGAGAUCCGAGUGUCCUGAGGUUUGGGUGUUCUCUUGGUGCGUUGACGCGUUUAUCUUGGGUGAUUUCCUGUGUUUAUCCCUCGAGCCCGAUUUUCAAAGAAAAAGACGUUAAUUAAAUAUUUAGUGAAGGAAAAGACAACGUAUAUCGUCGAACGUGUCGAUAUUUCAAUCUAAUCACCUAAUGCAGAGUCCAUGAAUUGUAUAUCAAUAAAAUAUAUAUUUCAAUAUAUAUUCUAUCCGUGAAAGAAACUGUUUUCAGAUUUCUCGCUAUACUCGUUCCACCGAUUACGCUCAAUAUAGUGACCCGCGCCUUGAUAGAAGGGGUGUUCAGAGAUAAUAGAGGAAGGAAAAGGAAAAUUCACAUUCGAAGAGACAGGGAUGAGGAGGGUAUUGGUCAUUCGUGACGAUUCGAAAGAAGAUCGAGAAACUUUCAGGGGAAAAAUAAAAAGAGAAAAAAAUGAAAACCAGCGGAGCUUCAGAUCCAGGCUUGAAAAAUCCAGAAGAAGGAUUCGAGUUCUCGAGGGUGGUAUAGAUGCACAAACGACCGUCUAAUCGGAUCAGCUUCCCAAAGUUAAUCCGCUUGAGAGAUCGACAAGGAGAUUGAAAAUGUCUUUGCGACACUUUGUGUAUAGAAGGAAUCGAACUAAUCGUUGUGUGCCUAUGUUGUUAUGUUGCAGUAAGCGAAGUGGUUGUCGACAAGUGGGUCUAGGCUUGUCUCACCGUGUGCCACCGGCAACAAAAUUCCUCUGCCAAGCAUAAAUCAAAGAGCAAAUAGUACCCACACACACACACACACACAUACACGCAGACGUACAUAUACACACAUAUGAAAAGAAAGCAAUUAAUAUCGAUAACAAUAAUAUAACACUGUAACGGAAAACUAGGAGAGAAGAGAACGCGGAGAAGAAGCAAGCGGAGAGGUACCAACUUGCGCGAUUUUCAAGGAACCGAAUUCAGAAAGAAAUUCCAGAGAAACUCGCGCGAGCGUUGCGACAAUGUGAUAAUUACGAGUGAGAAUGAAAGACAAACGGGAGAAGAAAGAUAAAAAAAUUAAGAUGAUUUUUCGGUUGAAGAUUUAUUACCUACUGUAACGUUAGAGCGAUUGGUCUGCGUCGGUAAUACAGUGUGGAGUUAAAGUAGGUCGCUCUGUUAUAUUUUACACCUGAUUCCCGAUUCCCCCUGGCUGGCUGUCGCGUUACGCAUUGCCGCUUGCUUUUCCGUUUUAUCGUCCGCGAGAGGAUUUUUAUUCGUGUAUUUUCUUGCUCUUCGUUACAGAAAACGUACAUGUAACAUAUUUAUAUCGUGUUGCACUGUGUCAUUGGUGAACGAGACGCGGCGAAGAGGAUAAGUUUUUAGAAGACAAUCGAAACUGUGUUUUCAAAUUGGGAAUAAAUAAAUGGAAAGAAGGAAAACUCUGUUUUAGAUCUUUCGAUCGACAGCAUGUUUUAUAUAUAUAUAUAUAUAUAUAUAUAUAUAUGUAAUUUUUUUUUUUUAGAGUCGCGUAACGAUAGAGAGUAAUGCCGACUUCUAUUAUAUUAUAUUCUAUCUCUUCCCUUAAAGAAAUCUAUCUUUUUUUUUUAAUUUACAACUAAUCAUAAUUCUUUUUAUCGAGCAAGGAAUCCAUUCGCAAUUUAUUUCACAUUUCUAGCGCUUUCUUCUUACGAACAAAUCUUCUUUUCCCUUUCUUAUUCUUUUUCUCUUCUCGUAACUUCUCUUUUCUCUUCUAUCCAUCUUCCUUCUUCCUCGAUCUUCUUGAUUCACACCCUCUCUCGCAACAUCCAUACGUUUCUUUUCUUCAAUCGUGUCUUCUUGUCAUUAACAAUGUUAAUCGUUACCCUCAAAAACACUAUAUUUUCUACUGAAAAAAAAAAACAUACUUUCUACAGAGUGCCCCAGUUUUUUUUUUGGCCAUACAUUGCUGGUACAUUCCAUAGAUCAAUGUAAGAAAAAAAAUAUCGUUGAGGGAUUGUAACAGAAUGAACAAUCUAAUGAUAGUCAAAAAGUGUCAUAAUAUUUCCACAACUUCAACGUUGUCUUAUUGCCGAAAUUUUAAAUUUUCACAAACAUCAUUGACGAAAUGGAACCUAAAUAGAAGAUUCAUUACUAAAAUUAAUACUUUUCUUUGAAUAUUUUAUAUAUUUUUGCACAAUCUGUGCAUUGUAUGUAUUUCCUCAGCUUCAGAUUUUCCAUAAAUGCAUAAAAAUUCGCAGUCUACUCACGAGAAACUAAUUACAAAAAUUAAUUAUUAAUUUGUUGAAUUAAAACGAAGGUCAGAAUAAACUUUGAAAAAUAAUGAGCUCAAUUUUUUAUUACUGUUAGCCUUGCGUUGUCAAGAAUAGCUAAUAUUUCGAAAUGAAGUUGAAAUAUUAUUAUACUUUCUGAGACAGGUUACUAAUAGAAAUGAGUAUCAUGGUAAAGUACGUUCGUUAUUGUUCAUUUCAUUGAUAACGAAAUCGUAUUCGUAUAUGAUAUAACAAUCGUAUAUAAUAAUUAAGUGUUAUUAAAACAAAUUUCGAGCGUGCAGCUUGGAAAAUUCGAGCUACGGCUUGAAUCUUAAAGUUUCAAAUAUUGAGCUGUAAAAGCUGAAGUCCUCAAAGCUCGAACUCUUAAACUUGAAAACUUACGUUAUCUAAAUUGAAUACAAUAAAUAGUGUUAUUGAUUAUUACAUAUGCUAAUGAUAAUAACUAUUAUUCAUAAAACGAACGUUAAGACCUAAGUCUUAAAGUUUCAGAAACUUGAGCUUCGUGUAAUAUUAAUUUUAAAAACUCGAAUCGCACAACCGGGUGUUUUGAAUUCAUCGGAAUUGUAGAUACUAAAUAUUAUCCAGUGAAAAUUAAUGAAAAUAAAACUAUUCUAUGAAUUUAUGAUUUUUUGUUGAUUUACAAUUAGUAUAGAAAACAGUGUUGUCGAAGUCUUGAAACUUCAAAGACUUGAGCUUUGUACGUCUGGGACUGCUAUUUUUAAUGACACAUGUUUAUACGACACGAUUAUUUUGGCAUAUAGAAUAUAUUGGCAACGUUUGGCCGGGGAAAAAAAUUGUGAUACUCUGUAUGUCAUCUGGAAAGAUUUUUCCCAAUACGUUCAAGGUUCCUAUUAAAAACCACUCCAAAUAACUACGAAACGCUUGAGUGGACGUCGAACGUCUAUGAGAACGCUUGGAAACGUGCGUUCUAUACGUUUUCCGCGAAAACGAUCGUCACAUCUCAGUCAUCGAGGAUGUCGUUGCCAAGAUGACCGAAUUUUGGGUCUUUCCACUCCAAUUGCAUCACGCCUCGAACAAGGAAAACAGCCAUCGAGAUGAAGAAAGCGGCAAAUGGUCGGCCUUUCAGAAGGCAGAAAAGAAUUUCAUCGUUAAAUGUUCGAUCAAAAUUCAUUGAAAUCAAAUGUCUAUGGAAGCGAAGAGAAUGCUCGGCUAUGCAGGGUGAAAUUUACAAUGACAUUGGAGGACAAUAAGGACGUACACGCAGCGAGCAACAAUGGAAGAGCAGUGAAAAUCAAAAAGAAGUGUUUACCUCCCUUUUUGCCGUUGUAUCGUGUGCUAUAUGUUUCUAGGACAAAUAAAAGUAUUUAAAAAUGGUUAUCGGUGACGUAACUUUCAACGGAGGGUUCCAGCGAAACGAUCAUCGUCUCCAUUGAGACGAUGGUGGUUAUGUUUCAUUUACUCGUUGGAAUAAUCGCGGAGGUCUCCUGACGCUUGAUGAAACUUACGCCACCAAGGGAAAGAAUUAAGAAAGAAAUGUCGAUGAUAAUAAACAUACACAAAAACACACACACACACACACAAAAGAAGAAAAAGUCGCGAUAUUUAAUUACUGUACAUAAAAAAAAGAGUAAUGAAGAGAUACGUUGUCACACGCGAUGUUUAAAGAGAAAUUGUUUAUUAUUAUUAUUAUUAUUACUAUUAUUAUUAUAUAUUAAGAUUAAGAGACAUUAAAUAAAUAUAUAUAUAUAUUUUUUUUUUCUUCGUAAAGAAAGCGCACAGAUAGCCGCAGGCCAGAAACGCCUCUCGAGCGAGAAUGAUUUAGAAUCGACAGAAAUAGAGAAAAUCCGGAUCCCCUGUGCUUUUUCUUUCUCACCUUCGUUUUCUGAUCUUUUUUCUUUUCUCGAUUUCAUUUGUUUUAAUGUUAAGAUGGAAUUAACUGCCUGUGAAUAUUUCUGAUUGUUAGGAGAGAAAAAAAGAAAAAAAGAAAUGAAUCUUUCUUUUA